GAACCGUCACGAGAUCGAUGGCUACUACCAUGGGAAGAUACUGUUUUACCGGAAGGACGAUGGCUAUGGAUUUGUGGCACCUGGCAAUGUAGAACAACUCCCCACUGCUGUGCAAGCGCGCGUCCGCAUGAACAAGAGCGGCCUGUACUUCCGCACUACAGACCUCAGCUCCCAGUUCACGCCGGUCCGUGGACAGUGCGUCACCUUCCAGGUGUACACCGACAAAUGUGGAGCUGGCGCGUACAACCUUUGCUUGGAAUGGUGG